CAAAGGAAAAGUUUUUAUUAGGCUCGGCUGCGAUGCAUCUUACUACUGAGCUUGUAGCAGGCGGUCGGGAGGGGGAUUUUCUGAAUUCUUUCAGAUCUGUUGCAAGGGUAGGCGCCGCAGGUGCUCCGAGGCACUCCGUUGUUCAGGUUGUUUUGGGAGGAGCAAAACAAAAACAUCAUUCUCCACAGGACAAGCUGCCCCAGCUCGCAGCAGCGAAACCUCCCCGUAGUCGCCAGCGCGUGCAGGCUGCCUCCUGUAAACCCCCUGCGGCGCCUUUCACGCGCUCCAUCUGGGCCACCUCUGCCCCCCCGGAAAAUCCCGCCCAGGAAAGGCGAAUCGUGUCUGCCCCGCUAGGGCUGCUGAGCGCAGGGCAGAGUAAACGAAAGGCGUGGAGGAAGCCGGCCGCGAAGCAGCGGGGCAGGGCGCUCGGCGAGGCCGGCGGGCAGGCGAGAGGCGAUCGCGCGGCCAGACGGCCCCAGCCGCUGUCUAAAGGAAGACCCGCUCCGAGCGGGGGCGGCGAUCGGACAGGAGGGAGCAUGAGGGCUGCCGGGGCGCUGCGGGCCGCCAUUUGGGGCCUGCUCCUCCCGUUGGUGAGUGCCCAAGAAGGAAUCUUGCAUGUAUUUAAGAACAGUGAUACUCAGUUAACAAAAGAGUACUGUAUAUAUUAUAACAGAAACUGGAGCACCCUUCCCAGUACCUUAAACAACAUCGUUUAUACAAAACUGGCAUUCUUGACUCCUAAAUUGCUUUGCAGUCAAUCUGAUGUUCCUCAGGCUGAUAUUAUCAAGGACAAAGCCAUUGUAGUAAUGAGAGGAAACUGCACUUUUCUGGAAAAGGCAGAAAUCGCUCAACAUUUUCAUGCUAAAAUGUUGCUGAUUGCCAGUGAAACUCCUAUACAUAUACCUUUUGGUAAUAAGAACCAAAGUAUCAACAUUCCGAUUGCGCUUAUAAGAAAUGAGGAUAUAAUUGAUUUGAAACAGACUCUGGGAAAGAAUGUUAGUGUGGCACUUUAUUCACCACCUGUGCCAGACUAUUUCUACAGUGUGGUGCUCAUCUUUCUAAUUGCUGUGCUCUGUGUGAUACUGGGAGGCUACUGGAGUGGAAUGGUGGAGCUUGAGAAACUAAAGUCAGCCCCCAACUCUGAAAGCAGCACAUCAUUAAGCAGUGUUGAAAAUGUUACUUUAACUCCCGUGACUGCUGUUCUGUUUGUCUGCAUCAGUUGUGUAAUGUUGGUCUUGAUGUACUACUUCUACAAGUGGCUUGUAUAUGUUGUCAUUUCACUUUUCUGCGUGGCCUCUGCCACAAGCCUGUUCAACUGUCUUUCUGUUCUAGUUGAAAAAAUUCCUUAUGGACAAUGCAGGUUUCCAUGCUGGCAUCAAUGCAUCAAAGUAAGACUCUUCUUUCUUGCUCUAUUUUGCAUAGCAGCAUCGGUCACUUGGGCAGUAUUUCGCAAUGAGGAUAGCUGGGCUUGGAUUUUACAAGAUAUCUUAGGAAUUGCUUUCUGCGUGAACUUGAUUAAAACACUCAAAGUACCCAAUUUCAAGUCGUGUGUGCUUCUCUUAGGCCUCCUCCUUCUAUAUGAUGUCUUCUUUGUUUUCAUCACACCAUUCAUUACAAAAAAUGGGGAAAGUAUAAUGGUUGAAGUUGCAACAGGUCCUUCAGAAAACAGUGAAAAGAGUGAUGGAAACUUGGUGGAAGCCUCUGCUGAGCGGUCAGCUCCUCAUGAGAACUUGCCAGUGGUUAUCAAAGUGCCUAAGCUGAUUUUCUCUGGAACGAUGUUAUGCCAGAUGCCAUUUUCAUUGCUUGGAUAUGGUGACAUUGUUUUGCCGGGUCUUCUGGUCGCCUACUGUCACAGAUUUGAUAUUCAGACAAGGUCUUCCCGUGUGUAUUUCAUUUCCUGUACUAUAGCUUAUGCAGUUGGCAUGUUAGUCACCUUCUUGAGUCUGUCACUAAUGAAGAUGGCACAGCCAGCCCUUCUCUAUCUAGUACCAUGCACACUCCUCAGUUCCACACUCGUUGCCUUAUACCGCAAAGAGAUGAAGAAGUUCUGGAAUGGCAACAACUAUCAGGCUAUGGAUUUUGCAGCCAGUGAAGAAAACCCCACAAGAGCCAGUGAACAACAUGGAGGACAAUAACAGGGCACCUAAAAUAAUGUAUCAAGAUUUUCUACUCAAAUACUAGAGACUGGUCUAAUUUUUAAAUGGGAAUAUUUCUUACAGUUUAUUACAAAAAUGACACUUUUUACACUUGCACAUAUAUUUUUGUGACGAGCUGACAGUUGAUACUACCGGAAUACUAAAAAAAGGAAAAAGAAAACCCUGCUCAUUUUUUAAAGUACCAAACUAUAUUAGGUAAACCUGUGCCUUGUUUCACUUGAAAAAAGUGUUUGAUUAUGAGAUGGAACAUAUUUUUACAUAUUGUCCACCUUGGUGCUGUGUAUAAGACUUUCUGGCUAAUGCUUUAUGAACGGUGUUCAUAAAGAGUGGCAUAAAUUAGAAGUGUCUUGAAUGGUUUAUUUUUUUUUCUAGCAGUAAACAAAGAAUGGUGGUUCAGUUGGACUAAACAGUGCAGAUGUGAGAUAGGGGUUAGCAAUAGUUAAUUUAAACUGUGUAGGCAAUACUUCUGGGCCCAUGGGCACAUUUCCAUUUUUUUCUGGGUUUGGAGGGCACAGUAAACCUUAAUUUUUGCCAUUUGCAGGGCUUCCUUGUCCUUCGCCCCUUCCCUGCAUUUCCUCUUUCCAUCCUUUUCCCUAGAUUUCCUUUCUCUCCCACCCCAGCAUUUAUUUCUCUCUCUCUCAGCCCCCAUUUCUUUCUUGUGUCUUCCCACUAUGUCUGCUGCCCCCUCACUGGCCGCCUCCUGCCGCCAUCAUGCCUGGCUUACACCUUCUCGCUUCCCACCCAGCCUUCUCUUCCGUCCACCUGCCCCAUGCGUCUCCUCCUCUGGUUAUUCUGACCCCAUCCACCCACUUGUCUCUUCACAGCUUCAGCCAUCACCCUGUGUCUGUUGCCCGCCACCCAGCCGCACCCCCCCCCCACACACACACACCUCUGCUUCCUCUGCAGUGCCGUACCUGACUCAGAAGCAAGGGAGCAGCAGCACUGAGGGCGAGUGUCUGGGGCAGGGAGAGGGUCCUGGAAGGCUGCUGUCCCUGCUCCAAGGCCGUUUCAUCCCAGCCCAGUUACUGCCAUAGAGGAGCAGUCGUCUGCCACAAUCGUGUGGUGGCCCUCUGAAUAGUCUCUUCAAGUUUUAUUCUUUCUACCCAGAUACGUGAACAGCAAAGCAGUUUAAAGGUAAUAAACAUAGACUAGAUAAGAAUCAAAAUUAUACUUAUCCUUUUUUUUAAACACAGAGGAGUGUUUAAAACUUGAUUCCCAUGCCAGGGAUUCAGAAACAUUCUCUAUGACUUUCAUCCAUCCUUUCAGGGCUUAAAUACAUGGCAUAUUCACUGUCAGAUAAUUUUUAAAAAUGUAAACCAAAGGGUGAGAGGGCCCAAGCUUCCAUUGUGGCUGGAGCACAUGGAAAAGGAAGGUUUAACCCUUCCCUCCCCAUCCACAGUUCCCAUUUAAAAACACCCCCUUUAUAUUACAAUUCCACUAGAAUAAAAGCUCCCAUUGACACCAACAGGAGCUUUUAUUUUAUCACUAACUGCAGUAUGAUGCAGCAAUUUUGGAGGGAUAGUAGCUGAAGAGGAAGAUCUUGGUCUCCCUGCCUGCUGUGGUCCUAGUAGAAAUCGAUCGCCUUUGCACUUAUAAUGGCCUUUUUAAAAAAAAUCCCUUGAUACCGCUGCAAGCACAAUUAACAGAAUAUGUAAUUAGGCUCUCACUAAGGGUGCCACUAGGUUCCAAAUAAUAACUUUUCUCGAAGCGCUAUCCUGUCUUGUAGGCAGAACUCGGUUCAGUGAUACUCUUUUAAAUGCAAAUAAAGUGCUCUUCUUAUGUGAGUUAAAAGCCAGGCCUUUUUCUGCCUUCUCCCCUUUCAUUUUGCAUUUCAUCAGCAUUUGAAAAUUAGUUAUUUGAAUUUGGAAAAUAUUUCCUAUCUAUGACAGCAGUUUCAACGUCUUUAUUUUGGCUAUAUGAAUGAAGGAAAAUGCAAAUGUGUGCAGCAACACAUUUUUAAACCAAAGAUACUUGAAGGAAGCUGCAAAAACAAACUAAGCAAUGCCUUAGUUUUGGUUCAGAGAUAACUGAAAAUCAUGGACAUAGUAGAACAUUAUCUUUUGUGUACUGCAGGAAGAAAUUUGAAACUUCUGCUUUUUGUUUAAACAGGCCCCCAUCAUGUCUGAACUCAGGAACAUGGGAUUUGUUUACAUUGGUUACUGAGAACAAGCCAAGAUCUCAAACCGGGUUUGUUCCUGGAUUGUUUUCACCAAGCACAGUUUAAGCACACCAGAGUUUCCCAAGUACAGACAUUGUGGGAAAUUAGUUUUUGUAAGUAUGAGUUGCAAAAGCUUCUGUUCUUCUUACACACAUGGAAGAGGAAGAGAGAAGGAGGGGGGAAUACAUGAGGCCAAGCUCAUGGUGGUCCAUCCAUGUGGCAGUAAUUUAUGGUUUUAUGUUCCACCAGAAUGAGAAUUUAUUCUACAAAUGUUUAAAUACAGUAUAUCCCUUUCUAAAGCAUAGAUUCAGUAUUCAGAAGUGUUCCAGGUGUUUUCCUCCUGUUGAUUAUAAUCUAAAUAAUUAUCUGCAUAUGUGGGAAGAAGUGUUUGAUGAAUGAAGUCUCCUAUCUGCAUUUCGGCUUUCCCAAGGGAUUGAUCUGGCUUUUAAAUCUAGGGUGAAGCCUACAUGCUUGGCGCAGGCUGCACUUUUCAGACCUUCCCUCCAUACCAGCGAUGGGCAGAGAAGGUGCUACAUCUACAGUGCCUUAACCUACAGUCCAUAUUAUGAACAAUGUUGUUUAGAUCCUCUUCUGAACCAGUUCAUGAGAGAGCUUUGAUUCUGUAUUGAGAGGAAAUAGAAAGUGGGAAGUUACAGGUCUGCUACUCAAGUGCCACUGAAAUGAAUAGAAGCUUUGUGGAACAAGCUUUGUAAUGUUUCCAUUCCACAGAGUUGUUUUCCGUAGACUAGAGAGCUGCCAUUUUAAUUGACCUUUUUCAUCCAGAGUAUUCAUUCCAGUAAAGGUAUGAAUUGAUUGGGAGAUGCAUAUAACAUGAUGCUUUGAAGCAGUUUUCAGAGUGAUGAUGAAUUAACUAAAAGGUUUACAAACCUGAGAAACUUGAAGGGUUAGUCAUCAAGUGUUUUCAUCCCCAAAUACAAGCCAUCUUUCAUAGGUGGUUCUUUAGCCAAGAGGAACUAAUUCAGACACUGGCAAACUUCAAUCUUCCACUGACUGUUGUAAACAGAAUGAACCUGAGAUAACUUUUCCCUUUAAACUGUUUUUCACAGAUGAAGGGUAGGAACUAAAUCAUAGUAAAAUCAUAUUGUUUUCCUUUAAAGAAUGAAUAUUUGCAGUAAAAAAUAGAGGAAUUUUCUUAAGAUGUCUUGAGAAAUUUGGAAUAUUGUGAUCCAUUUCUUUAUAGAUCUAUUUUCAACUCUGGUUUUAUCAAUAGAGGAGUAUUUAAUUCAGUGUUCUUAAAUAUCUAAGCCUUAUUGGAUUAUAUUUUGUAAGGAAUACAUUAGAGGAAUUCUGUCACAGACUGCUCUUCAAACACAAGAACAUAUUGCUCAAGUUAGAAUUAAUAUUCCAGGAGGGCUCAUGUGCUAUAGUUGGUUUCGGAAAGUUAAAUUAACAAGUAUCUGCAUGGAUUAUUAAAUAUGUUAAAUCUGAUAGUUUAUCAGUUACUUAAUAGUAUGUUAUUAAUAUAGUUGAAUAGGACUGAUGCUGGAAAUUUUUACUGAAAAGAUUCAGUGUUUAAAAAUUCAGUUGGCCUUCUACACAUUAAAAGCCUUAUUAGUAAUAAAAUUAAUCUUAAUGCAUUAUGGCAGCAGUCAAUUCUGAUAACUACCUUCUUUUCCACUUUACCUCUGAAACAUUGUACACAUUUUCUAAAAAUGUUAUGGUUUACAAGAUUUGUAUUGAAUAAACCUUUCAACGAUAA